AUGGCUACGCAAAUUGUGUUGGUCCCUCGGAAGCUUCAGCAGCGAACUCCCUCGAUGCGCGAUGGUUUGUCUCGGGAGUUGGAAAUAUCUCAACGCAUUUACGGCUGUCACCUCAUCCAAAGGGCAGGGGUUCUGCUGCGUCUUGAAGCGGUCACAGUGGCCAGCGCACAAACCAUUCUACAUCGCUUCUACUACAGGAAGAGUCUGAAAAAAUUCGACGUCAGGCUGGUGGCCACUUCAUCUCUGCUGCUCGCCUGCAAAUUGGAAGAGGACCCGCGACGCGUGAGAAGUUUAAUUGAUAUCGUGCAACUCCUGGCGAAGGCAGAAGAUGCGAAUACUCAAAUCACACAAGACAACAUUGACCAGUUUCUUAUUGACCAUGACUCUCCGGAGUUUGAAAUGAUAAGAGCGGAGACGUUUCGUUGCGAGCGAUAUAUCUUGAGGGAAUUAGGGUUCAUGGUAUCCCAAACCCUCGUGCACCCCCACCGCUACAUCCUGCAGUACAUCCAUGCACUGUGUAAAGGGGACUAUAUCCCCACAAACAGGCUUUCGCAGAUCGCAUGGGGCUACCUAAACGACAGCAUGCGGACAACGUUGUGCUGUGAAGUUCAGCCGGCAGUGGUGGCAGUGGGGAGUAUAUUUUUGGCUGCGUGUGACCUCAAUAUUCAUUUGGCGAAGGAAACGGGGUGGUAUGAACUGUUUGACGUUACGUGGGAGGAUGUUCUGAAGGUGUGCACCCGCAUUCUUUCAUUGUACAAGAGAGCUCCUCCUAAGUACACGAAACUGGCGGAGACAAGGACCCCCCCACCGGCCAAACAGGAAACCGCGACAGAUGCGAAGGUGGAGACAGGGGAAGACAACUCCCUUACUUCAACCGCGCCACCUGCAGCUGCUGCUGGAGCCGAUAAUGCACCAGCAGCAGAAGCAGUCGGGGCGACAGUAGCAUCAACAGCCGCGGGGACAACGACAGGAGGAACAAAUUCGAGCAGCGCAGCACAAGCCACGACAGACAAGACUGAAGAGGAGGAUAUGCAGCUUGAUUCCGUUGAUAAAGACAAGCUGCAAGAUGCUAAAGAAAGCAACGCACCUACAAGAGAAACAGACACAAGGGGAGGGAACGAUGUGCCACAACAGCGGCAAACAGACGUCCCGGAAGCGCGUCCUUCCGCCGCAGGGGGCAGUCGUGAGGGAUUCAGCAGCCACCGUCGUGAGCUGCGGGAGGGUACCUCCGCUGACAGACGGCCCUCUAAAGAGGAGAGGGUUCCUCGGGAUUCUCUGCACGAAUCACGGGAAACUCGCCACAGGAUGAGGGCCACUGACAACUACCGAAAUGGACAUCGAGGAGGGCGGGAGGAAGGCCGCGACCCUUUAAGUCCACGACGCGCGGAUUACCGAGACAGCCCACUGCACUAUUCAUCUUCCUCACGCGAAAGCAAGUGGGAGCGGUUUGGUCAUCGGGACAGGUACGAAUCCCAUUCUGGGUCAUUCAGAGACAGGGAAAGGAGGCGGUACCCAGAUAGCAAUCCAUCUUUCGACUCCGCACGGGAUAGAGGGGAGGCCGAUGGGGGAAGAGGUGGGGGCAGACCCUCAGCUAAGAGGCCUUCGCGCCGCGACUCGCCUGGAAGAGCCUCCCACAGGCCCCUCAAGUUAUCUUCUGGGAGCGACUCGAAGCGUCUCUAA